GUGGCUUGAGCCUGCAGGCAGGUGAAGGGAACAUUCUCACUUCAUUAUAUGCUAUGUUUGAGAUGGCACAACCACUGUUUGAAAAUGACACAUCUUCUAUCCCUAGAGAGGAGACUAGCAGAGAGGAAGAGCCAGGGGGAGAAACAGGAAUUCCUGAAGAAGCUCAACUUGUCUGUACUGCAGGUGAUACCAAGAUGGAAGCUCUUAACAGUGGGAAAGAGAGACUUUCCAAAGACCCAGAGAGCUGUGACAUCCCUUUCUAUGUGUCUGAAUUUGUAGAAAGGGAGGUUGGAAAUGACUGUGAUUCAUUAAGCAAGCUUGGCAAACUUAUUGAACAGCUGUCGGAAAACAAAAUAAAGUUAGAAGAACAGGUACUUACAGUUUCAUCCGAAGUUCCUAAAAGAAUCCAGAGAGCCUUACAGAAUGCAGAGGAUUCCAAGACAUCUCUUAGUCAACUUCUAGAGCACGAAAGCCUUUUGUAUGAGUCCAUUAAUAACCACUUGUUGACAUCGAAGCCAUGGAUGGAGGAUCUUGGUGUACUAAUAAGUCAAAUAAAAGAAGUGGAACGACACCUUGCUUAUUUAAAAUGGAUUUCACAAAUAGAGGAAUUAAGUGACAACAUUCAGCAAUAUCUUAUGACCAACAAUGUACCAGAGGCUGCUACUACUCUAGCAUCAAUGGCUGAAUUAGACAUCAAACUUCAGGAGUCAUCUUGUUCUCAUCUUCUAACUUUUGUAAGAUCUACUGUUCAAUUCUGGCACAAGAUCUUGAAGGAUAAAUUGUCAAGUGAUUUUGAGGAGACUUUAAUUCACCUUCGUUGGCCAUUUGUUGGACCAGUACAAUCUCAGCCUUUUGGUUUGGCUGCUGCACCUGCCAAUGCCCUAGAGAUAUACAGUAACUUUGAAACACUGUUUUCUCAACUUCUGAAACUGCAGACUUCAGAUGAACUAUUAACCAAACCAAAGCAACUUCCAGAAAAGUACAUUCUGCCUCCAACUCCACCUAUUAUAUUACCUAUGCAGAUCAUGCUUGCUCCUCUUCAGAAAAGAUUCAAGUAUCAUUUCACAGGGAAUAGACAAACAAAUGUUUUAAGCAAGCCGGAAUGGUACUUAACCCAGGUGCUCAUGUGGAUUGGAAAUCAUGCUAAAUUUCUCGAAGACAAAAUCCAACCAAUACUGGACAAGGCAGGCUCUGCAGUGAAUGCAAGGCUGGAAUUUUCCCGAGCUUUGGUGAUGCUGAUUAUGGAGAAGUUGGCUGCUGAUAUUCCUUGCUUGUUGUAUGACGACAACCUCUUCUGUCAUCUGGUGGAUGAGAUACUUCUGUUUGAGAGAGAGCUGCACGGUGUUCAUGGAUAUCUCAACAGCUUUCCCAGUUGUAUGCACAUCUUAUCAGAAGAAACCUACUUUCAAAGAUGGUUAACUGUGGAAAGAAAAUUUGCUCUUCAAAAGAUGGACUCAAUGCUUUCAUCUGAAGCUGCUUGGAUAUCACAGUAUAAAGAUAUCACUGAUGUAGAUGAAAUGAAAGUCCCAGACUGUGCUGAAACUUUUAUGACUCUGCUACUGGUUAUCACAGAUAGGUAUAAACACCUUCCUACAGCUGCUAGAAAGCUACAGUUCCUGGAGUUGCAAAAAGAGUUGGUGGAUGACUUCAGGAUACGACUAACUCAAGUUAUGAAGGAGGAGACCAGAGCGCCUUUAGCUUUUCGGUACUGUGCAAUUCUGAAUGCUGUCAACUACAUAGCAACUGUAUUAGCAGACUGGGCUGACAACAUUUUCUUCUUGCAGCUUCAGCAGGCUGCACUAGAAGUUUGUGCUGAUAGCAAUGCACUAAAUAAGCUACAGCUAGGACAACUGGCUUCUAUGGAAAGCUCUGUCUUCGAUGACAUGAUUAACCUUCUGGAGCGACUGAAGCACGAUAUGCUGACUCGACAAGUAGAUCAUGUCUUCAGGGAGGUCAAAGAAGCUGCCAAGAUGUACAAAAAAGAAAGGUGGCUCUCUUUGCCAUCCCAGUCAGAACAGGCAGUAAUGUCCUUGUCAAGCACUGCCUGCCCACUGCUACUGACCUUGAGAGACCGGCUGCUACAACUAGAACAGCAGCUUUCUUACCCAUUGUUCCAAAUAUUCUGGCAGAUGUUUGCAGAGAAGGUGGAUUUGUUCAUCUAUCAGGAAAUAAUUCUGGCUAAUCACUUCAAUGAAGGAGGAGCAGCACAACUCCAGUUUGACAUGACAAGGAAUCUUUUCCCUUUAUUUUCACAUUACUGCAAGCGGCCAGAGAAUUAUUUCAAACACAUAAAGGAAGCUUGUAUUGUACUGAAUUUAAAUGUUGGCUCAGCCCUGCUCUUGAAAGAUGUGCUACAGUCAGCUGCUGAAAACAGAACUGGAACCAUCUUGAAUUCAAAUCAGCCCACUGCAAUGGCAGCAUUAAAUGAACUUGGAAUUUACAAAUUAGCGCAACAGGAUGUCGAGAUUCUUCUUAACUUGAGAACAAACUGGCCCAUUACUGGGAAAUAAGCAAAAUUUGGAAAAAGAAUAACACUUUUGCAUUCUGAAAAGCAAACUCAGACAUCUCUGUGCUCUUAUGUGAUUUAGUAUGUUACAUUUGUAAAAAGAAAAGAGGCUACUUUGUUUUAGCUGAGACGAAAUAGCUGUUUAUAUAUCAAUUUUAAAGAUCGUUUUCAAUAGUGUGACAAAUAUCAUUUUUCAGUUGACACCAUGUGGUAAUCAAGUGAAGUUCUUUUCAGUCGAUACAUUCUAACACAUAUUAUAGGGACAAGCCCAUUAGAAGAACAAAUUGGGAUUCUUUUGAGAGUUUUGAGAACUAUUAUUUGUGUAAGCAAGAGUUGAGUUGCUUUGCCUUGUUGACUUUUAUGCAGCUCAGACUGGGCUAGGCUUAUGGACUAUUCCUAAUGUCUCUCAAGUAUUAUGGGCUCUGAGCCAUUGCACCACAUUUGCUUACAGUGGUCUCCUAUCACGACUGUGAUCCUGAAAGGUGAUGCAUUGGUGAAGUGUUAUGGAAUAGCUCUAUCCUGUUCCAAUGGUAAUACCCAUUAUAAUUGCAAAUGUAUAAAAUGUAUGAGCAACAACCUUACAUUCCACCUACUGGACCAGUGUAUUCAUUUUGCUGGCUAGCCUAAUAUCUUAAUAUAAUUCUAAUGUAAUUGAAAUAAUGGUUUAGCAGGAAUUCCCAAGUGUACAGGCUCUUAAACUUGCUACAUAAAUAUGGAAAGGAAA